AUGGAGCUGGCCCUUACUGCCACCCUGCUCGCCCUCCUCCCCACGGCCCUCCAGCAGAGCACUCCCCUCCCAGCCAACCUCUCUGUGACCCGUGCCUGGGCGAGAAGCCUGGAUUCAGAGUGUGGACGCCCACACGUGUCAGGCCGCAUCCUGUCGGGGCAGGACGCCACGCUGGGCGAGUGGCCGUGGCAGGUCAGCCUGAGGGAGGAAGGACAGCAUGUGUGCGGGGGCACCCUGAUCGCUGAGGCCUGGGUGCUGACUGCGGCCCACUGCUUCGACCAGAAGCAGCUGCUGUCUGCCUACUCCGUGCUGCUGGGCUCCAUCUCCUCCUACCCCCAGGCCGAGGAGCCCCAGGAGCUCCGAGAGGUGGCUGAAGUCAUCAUCCACCCAGAGUACUUGCCGGAAACCAGCAGCGCGGACAUCGCCCUGGUGCAGCUGGCCUCCCCUGUCACCUACAGUGACCUCAUCCUUCCGGUCUGUCUUCCCAAACCCGGAGACCCCCUGGAUCAUGGCACCUGGUGCUGGGUCACCGGCUGGGGGAACAUCGACUUGAGUAUACCGCUGCCCCCACCCUUCACCCUGAAGGAGCUGUCCCUGCCCCUCAUCGAUGCCCCAACCUGUGACGGCUACUACCACGAGAACUCGGACACCCCCAUCCAGGAGCCCAUCAUCCUCGAGGACAUGCUCUGUGCUGGCUUUGAGAGUGGCCAGAAAGACGCCUGCGGGGGUGACUCCGGGGGACCCCUGGUCUGUGACGUUGGUGGAGUCUGGGUCCAGGCAGGCGUGGUAAGCUGGGGCUCUGCCUGCGGACUUCCUAAAAGGCCGGGAGUCUACAUCAACGUCAGCACGUACGCCACGUGGAUUGCCAGCACCAUCCCGGGCUUGGACCUACACACCGAAAACUCUUCUCCACGUCUUGCCGGGCUCUUCUUCCCGCCCGUGCUGCUGGUUCUGGGGCUGCUGGGGGACACGUUUGCCCCCCUGAGGCUGGCCUAA